GGCGCUACAGAGUCACUUCAUGCAAGCUGCUGACUGUAGCCCUAACUUUAAUCAUUUCAUUUUUGCCGAGGCUAGCAAACAAACUACAGUCAAUGUGCUAGUUUUAGUAUUGUUUAAAUCUCUCUAUAAUAAAAUUAAAUAUAGACGUCACGGCGCGUCAAAUAAAUAACGUAUUGUUGUUAGCCUGUGGCCGAACUACCUGGUCAAGAACCAUCCCGCACUACAACUGACAGUCCGAUCCGAUUCGUUACUUUCGUGUGAAGAGUGGAUAAGCUCUCUGCCAAGUCAAAUGUUGAGGUUUUACUGAACGGUGGCCAAUGGAACAGGACAGCAACUCAGAGGAUGACUCAGUUGGACCAGCAGAAGAUGAUGCACAACCUCCGUUUCCUCUCGGACUCUCGGACUCUGAGGCAGUGGAAGUAUUGUGGCAAGUGCGUACCCAGCGGCGGCAGACGGAGCCUGAUCUGCCGGACACUGUGACGCGUCUCACCACACCUGAGGGCAGUAUUGUGUACCUGGUUGGCACUGCCCACUUCAGCGACAGCAGCAAGAAGGAUGUUUCCACUACGAUCCGCGCGGUCCAGCCAGAUGUGGUGGUGGUGGAGCUAUGCCAGUACAGAGUAUCCAUGCUUAAGAUGGAUGAGAAAACGCUGCUAAAAGAGGCUAAAGACAUUAACUUGGAGAAGGUCCAGCAAGCCAUUAAACAGAAUGGAGUGAUGUCUGGCCUCAUGCAGAUCUUGCUGCUCAAAGUCUCGGCUCACAUUACAGAACAGCUGGGCAUGGCCCCUGGAGGAGAGUUUAGAGAAGCCUUUAAGGAGGCAGGAAAAGUGCCCUUCUGUAAAUUUCAUCUUGGGGAUCGGCCCAUUCCAGUAACCUUUAAGCGUGCAAUAGCUGCUCUCAGCCUGUGGCAGAAGGCUCGUCUGGCCUGGGGCCUGUGCUUCCUCUCUGACCCCAUCAGCAAGGAGGAUGUAGAGAAGUGCAAACAAAAGGAUCUUCUGGAGCAGACCAUGUCGGAGAUGAUCGGCGAGUUUCCAGCCCUCCACCGCACUAUUGUUGCAGAACGAGACAUCUACCUCACACACACACUUAGACAAGCAGCGCGCUGUGUGGAGGCGCCUCCUAAUGCUGAGAAAGUGCCUGCUGUGGUGGUUGGAGUGGUCGGGAUGGGUCAUGUUCCUGGAAUUGAGAGGAACUGGGAUAAAGAGCUCAAUAUUCAUGAGAUCAUGAGCGUGGCUCCACCAUCUCGCUUUGCCUGGGUAGUACGCAACGUGUUGAAGGGAGCUAUGUGGGGGCUUCUGGGUUAUGCCUGCUUCCGUGCCAGCAAGGGCGUGGGGAGGGCGUUACUCUCCUUUCCGACAGUCCAAUCAUUGCUUGAAAAUAUACAAAAACCUUCCGUUUGACCCUUCUUUUAUUGGCGCAGACACUGAACACCAAUAGCCUUAACUACAGGAUGGUGGUUGGGUAAAGGGGAAGAUUAGAGGCAAACAUCCUCUCCAUCCCAUAUGAAAUAAACAAUGGGGUGGAAGCUUUUGACUAGCUCUCUACCUCCUCAACUCUCUGUCCAUCUGCUCUGUGUACUUGUGGACGCAGAGCUGUACUGCCAAAGAAAUCGGAAAUCGUACUUUCUUUCCCCUUUUCCUCAUUCUUAAAGUAUGACCUACGAGGAAAUUAGCUGCAGUGGGAUUUUCCACAUUAUCAUUCAACUUGAACUGAAGUUUUUUUGUUUGUUUUUUUGGCUGUGAUUUAUUCUGUUGGUUGACUCCUGCAAGCGGUUGAUGCAUUUUGUUUCCCAGCAGGUGGUACUGUUUCAGCAGUCCAGUACUGUUAAUCUGCGACCUACCGUAAUCUGUAGUUCAUUAAGAAUGAUUGGUAAAGGCAUUUUAUUUUAUUAAUGGAACAGUAUCCCGGAAUUCUUUUUUAAAACCUGAAUUGCGCAAUAGGACCAUUUGUGAAGAAAAGCAUAACUCUAGAUUUUAUUGAAAGUAUGACUUGAUAAAUACAUGUAAUGCACAUUGGGAAAAUUAUUAUGACCAAAGUAUUUGUGGUUUCAUUGAUUGAAUUUGUAUGUUUCUGACAAAAAGGCUUAAAAUGAGUGAAACUGAAACAACCCCGCACGGUGUUUAAGAGCUUCAAGUCACAUCCAGUAAUCUUCACUCUAUGUGGGGAAGCAUGGUUGCUUGGUUUUUCAAGUUACCUGAUAAGCCCAACAUAAAUUUUGCCCAGGCUACCUGUUAAGUGCCUCCUACUACAUGACCCGGAAAGGGCUAAAAGGAACAGAGACGGGUCAGGGUGUUUUGCUCUCACUCCAUAUGGUCAUAAUAAAUGGUACUAUUAAAUCUGGAGUCCACUGUUUCACUCACACAGCUUCAUAAUUUUGUUCUUGCUAAUGGAAUGGAAUGGUUUCUAGAAAUUAGAGAAUUAUGUAAUUAAUUAGACAAGCGGCAUUGUGUUUAUGCAAUAUUUUGUUUUAAGAGGAGAGAUCCAAUCAAUUUUUAAGAAACAAAUGGCUGUUCCCCCGAAUUUAAGUAUUUUCAUUACUGUCUUUUGCUACUGUUCAUAGAAGCGGAGUUGCCUAAAGGUUAAUUUCACUAAAUUGGAAACAACUUAAUGUUAUUGCUUACAGUAUGAUAUUACUCUGACACAGAGAAUGAAAUAAGACUUUUUUUUUUAUACAUUCAUCAUGAUAUUCUUCAUAAUAAUUCACCACUAACUCAAAAGUCAUGAGUCACAUAAAAACAUCAAAAUGACUUGAAACUAUAAGUGUAGAAUAACCAAAUGCAAGAAACCAAGAGUAAGUGUAGAGAACCAUUAAAAAAAGUAAAGCUGACAAGAAAAUGCUUAUAACAGAAAAGACAUCACCAGGAUGGGCCAUCAGGGCACAAUUUGGGAAUCAUGCUUUAUAUGGAUGGAUGUAGGAAAGGUGUUUCUGCUGUUUGUGUGCUUACGUUUACAUUUAUUCAUUUGUCUGCCAAAUUAAUAAAUGUAAAGUCUUAUACAACUGGAAUUGCUGGUUCACAUGUUGACUUUGUUUUUCCAUGUAGCUUUAUACAACUGUGUCUUAUAGGGUGACUGAAAAUCUAUUUUAAAUGUGGCGUCUAGGUCACAGGCACAUUUGACGCACAUGACACUUGAGUGUGGUGGGGAAUGCUAAUGCCAUCUGUUGUUCUUUUAAAUGUUUAGAUGCUGAAUGGAAAUUGCUCUAUAGUUUUGAACUAUAGUGGGCUCAAAUUAAGAUGUGACUAAAGCUUUGCAUGCAUGCCAUGUGCAUUUACAGGUAUGCUGGAGAAGGAAAUGACUAUAUGGAUGUAUCUGCAUGAUGUCUUGUGUAGAUGGUUUGUUGGGAUUAUUUAAUUGAAGUUUUUACAACAUAUUGUAAUGAUUUAAAAUAUAUAUUAGCAUUCUGAGAUAUUUGUCAGUGGCCUGGUGCUUAAUGAGUAUUUCUAUUUGCAUAACACCGGUCCCUGUAUUUAAAUGUUAUCGUAAAUAUGGUGCAAGGUGGUUGCAAACUAAUUAAACUGGUUGACUAACUGAUUAAUUUAAUACAAUGUAUUUUUAAAAAAUCUACUGAUCCACUGACCCAGUAGUCUAGUUCUCCUUCUGUAACAUUUGUCUUGAAUAUCGCUGUCUUCCUGAAAACUAAAACUGUCUUCCUGUUAACGUCAUGCAGUUUUACUUUUUGAUCAUCUAGAUCUGCUGCACUUUUUAGGUGAGAAAUGCCAUGGUCAAAGGUAUUUGAUACAUCUCUUUGAAUAUCCUUCAGCUUUACUGCUCCAAUUUCGUUUUUUUCUAACCAUUGUUAACUGUGGAAAAGGGGAAUAAACGGUCCCACUU